AUGGAGACCGCAGAACCAGUGUCUUACGAGUUCCCCGGCCAUGCUGUGGGUGCGUUUGCACACAGGCGCCCGAUGGACUUGACCCUGAGCCAGAACAUCCCCUUCUACUCGCAUCCUACAACGGCUUCAUACUCGUUUCCUUACCAGGCACCGAAUGGUCUGCCCUACAACUAUGGUCAUCCCGUGGGCCAUGCACACUCGAAUCCAUACCAGCAUUACUUUGUCCCUAGUCAGCAUCACCCGGUUCAGCAUCAACCACUGCGUCUUACGACGGAGCCCCAACCGUUGCAGUCUCUUCCUCAGAUCCGUCCUGCGAAGAACGCCAUCAGCCAGCCGGCAAAGUCUCCUACAGACCAUGAUUCCGGGAUGCAGACCACGGGCGCUGGCCACAGUUCCCCGGAUGGGGCUCACGAGACGAAACCAAGCCCUUCUGACAUCGCGUUCUCGACAAAUGUGGAUGUCCUGAUGAAGGCAAUCCAGGCAAAGCACAGUUCAUCACCGCAUCAACACUCUCUACCACCCCUUCAACACCUGGCGCCUGCUUCCCAGGUCUACCCCAUGACCACGUACCCGGUAGCCUCGCCCACGCCACCCCGCUACUACCUGGGCAGCGAAGGACAAUUAUCUCGCUCUGGAAAGAAGCGCAAGUAUACCUGCACGCUAUCCGGUUGCGGUAAGAGCUUUGCCCAAAAGACACACCUGGACAUCCACAUCAGGGCACACACCGGGGACAAACCAUUCAUCUGCAAGGAGCCCUCGUGCGGCCAACGCUUCUCACAGCAAGGCAACCUCAAGACCCAUCAGCGGAGGCACACAGGUGAAAAGCCCUUCCAAUGUGAAGAAUGCGGCAAAAGCUUUGCGCAGCGAGGCAACGUCCGCGCCCACAAGCUCACUCAUCAACGAAAAAAGCCAUUUAAUUGCCUUCUGGAUGAGUGUGGUAAGCAAUUUACCCAGCUGGGCAACUUAAAGUCCCAUCAAAACAAAUUCCACGCCGCCACACUGCGAAAUCUCACCCUCCGCUUCUCGCAAAUCGGCGAAAACGGGCCCGUGAACCCAGGCGACCGCGAGCUGUGGGAAUACUUUGCGACAUUGUACAAGAACAGCAACAAGGGUAUCAAGGGCCGAGGCAAGGAUCGACGGAUCUCCAUGACGAGACGAUCUGAUGGCUGCGGCUCUAUGGAUCGAAUAGCCUCAGUUGAAUCCGAGGAGGGCUCUAGCAAGAUGAUGCGCCGUGAGAGCUUUGAGGAUAAUAUGUCUGCUUAUAAUAGCUCCAGCAGUGAUGGGGGCGAUGCUGACCAGUACUAUAUGGAUCGGAGGGUUCAUUACCCUUGA